GCUAGCCACGCGUCUCUCCAACCUCCCCUCUGCUCCCUUCUUCCCUCCCGGUGCACCUCCUUCCCUCUCCACGCGGUCCGUCUGUCCGUGUGUCCCUCCCUGCGCCCACAGGAGCUGCGGCGCCUCGCACUUCGGGCUCCUCGCUUCCUCCGGGAUCCGCAGCCCGGCGCCAUGGAGCCGGCUUUGGGCAAUGAGCGCCGCAGCCCCCCUGGUUCAGCCGUCCAGCCUCCGCCCCGGGGCCACACGCCCUUGACCACAGCCCCCAGUCCGGGCCCGCUGGGCUCCCCGGCUCGUGAGCCGCCCCAGCCUGAGGAGGAGCGACAGCCGCGGAUCAGCGAGAGCGGCCAGUUCAGUGACGGGCUGGAGGACCGAGGCUUACUAGAAAGCAGCACCCGGCUGAAACCUCACGAAGCCCAGAACUACAGAAAGAAGGCCCUGUGGGUCUCCUGGUUCUCCAUUAUCGUCACUCUGGCCCUGGCCGUGGCUGCCUUCACUGUCUCCGUUAUGAGGUACAGCGCCUCUGCUUUUGGGUUUGCAUUUGAUGCCAUCCUCGAUGUCCUGUCAUCAGCGAUUGUCCUGUGGCGAUACAGCAAUGCAGCUGCCGUACACUCUGCCCAUAGGGAGUACAUAGCCUGUGUCAUCUUGGGCGUGAUAUUCCUUCUGUCAUCCAUAUGUAUAGUGGUCAAAGCCAUCCAUGACCUUUCUACGAAGCUACUCCCAGAAGUGGAUGACUUCCUGUUCAGUGUCUCCAUUUUAAGUGGGAUCCUCUGCAGCAUCCUGGCUGUGCUGAAGUUUAUGCUGGGCAAGGUUCUCACCAGCAGAGCACUCAUUACAGAUGGGUUUAACUCCCUCGUGGGUGGCGUGAUGGGCUUCUCCAUUCUCCUGAGUGCUGAGGUGUUCAAGCACAACGCCAAGGUCUGGUACCUGGAUGGCAGCAUCGGUGUGCUCAUCGGCCUCACCAUCUUUGCCUAUGGGGUCAAGCUCCUCAUCGACAUGGUGCCGAGGGUGAGGCAGACGCGCCACUACGAGAUGUUCGAGUGAGGACAGCCGUGAGCUGCACAGGUGUCCGCAGGCAGACGGUGCCAAUGUGUAGAACAGCACAUCGUUUGUUUUUCGGA